UGUUAUUCAAUGCAGCAUAUUUUGUUGAGAACCCUUGUCAGAAAUUGUUUGAAUGAAAGGGUUUUGAAACUAUUGAUUGUAUCAGUACCUUUGCAUUGGCAAAAUGCUGCUUAUGUUAGGUGUUAUGACUAUGCAAAGUUUUCAACAUUUUCUCCUUCCCAAACUAGUCACUCCAAUAACGUAACAAAAUCGUCGGAUCUUCAAUUACUAGCUAGCAAGAUUCACGUGGGUAGUAAUGAGGAUGAGGUUCUGAGCUCUUUGAUGAAUGAUGAAGUUUGUGAGGCAGUCAGCAUUAGUCAUGCCCUUGUCGAUAUGUUGCUUCAUCGGUUUGAAAACGAUUGGAAAGCUGCGUUAGGUAUUUUUAGAUGGGCUAAAUCUCGCCCUCAUUUUGAGCACUUACCUGAAGCAUAUGAUUCAAUGGUAGACAUAUUAGGAAAGGCUAGGCAGUUUGAUAAGAUGAAUGAAUUGGUGGGUGAAAUGCUUGAGAGGAAUUUGGUUACCCUUAAAACUCUGGCGAAAGUGAUGAGAAGGUUUGCUGGUGCUCGGAGAUGGAAAGAUGCUGUCAGGACAUUCGAUGAGUUGGGAACUUUUUGUUUGGAGAAGAAUGCUAAGUCUAUGAAUUUGUUGCUUGAUACGCUUUGCAAAGAGAGACAAGUAGAGAUGGCGCGUGCUAUCUUUUCGGAGCUUAAGUCUCAUAUUCCACCAACUGUGCACACGUUUACAAUUUUCAUUCAUGGUUGGUGCAAAAUCAAACGGGUUGAAGAAGCAUAUUGGACACUUCAAGAGAUGAAAGGGCAUGGUUUUUCUCCUUGUGUGAUAAGCUAUACAAUUAUCUUACAGUCUUACUGCCGUCUGUCUAAUUGGAAUAAGGCUUUUGAGUUACUUGAGAUGAUGGAAUCUCAAGGCUGCCAGCCCAGUGCUGUUACUUACACGACUAUGAUGUCUUUAUUGUCAAAGGCUGGCAAACUUGAAGAAGCACUACAAAUAGCUGACAGAGUCAAAUCAUCUGGAUGUAAACCUGACACCCAGUUUUAUAAUGUAUUAAUUUAUACCCUUGGAAAAGCUCAAUGCAUAACGGAAGCCUUUGAUAUUUUUAAGGUGGAGAUGCCUAAGAAUGGUGUUUAUCCUGAUACUUCCACCUACAAUACAUUAAUUAGCAUGUGUUGUUGGCAUGGACAAGAAGGGAUGGCUUUCAACAUUCUAGAAGAUAUGGAAAAGGAAGCACUUUGUGAGCCUGAUCUUCGGACAUUCUAUCCAUUGCUAAAAGCCUGCUUCAAAUUAAGGAUGUCAGAUAGUUGCUUGACCAAAUUACUGGAUGAUAUGGUUCUCAAGCAUCAUCUUAGUCUUGAUGAUUCAACGUAUUCACUUUUGAUUCAUGGUCUUUGUAGAGUGGACAGAUGCGAGUGGGCUUUCCGUAUAUUUGAGGAGAUGAUAGGUAAGGAGCUGACACCGAGGCAUCAAACUUGUCGCCUGCUUCUAGAUGAGGUCAAACAGAAGAAUAUGUAUGAUGCUGCUGAAAGAGUUGCGCUUUACAUUAAAAAUUUGAAAGAUUCCUUGCAGCAUAAAUAUCCAGGGGAACUUCAUUGUCCAAGGAAGCUGUUUGUCAAGUCCUAGCAGGAGGAUUUUAGAAUUUCCAACUUUCAGACUCCUAUCACUGAAUGUCCCGGGAAACUGAUGACCUAGCUAGACCUAAGAUUGGUUUCCGAAUCUUGUCUGGGAAGAUGGUUGAUAUUUUCAAAGGAAUUGCUUGGGAAGUUUCCUGGAGCUCUAGUCCCCUAAAGCAACUUCCUAAGGUUGCUUGGAGUCUUCACUAAGCACUGGAACCAUGGUUGGCACUGCACCCAAAAUCAUCCUAACAUUACUAACCAAAGGCUAACUCAAAUACUGCAAAUCUUUAGAAGCCGAUACAAAAUCUUAAUGAAACUGGAGGGACUUGAGACGCUCAAUGAUUAUCGGACCAAUGGGUUGACAAGAUCAAUACAAGAUUGAUUUGUCUCUAGCAAAGGUUAUACAUGCGUUCCGGAGCCAUUAAUUUGGCUUAUUCCAUUGUAUUACGUUGUCUUUAAAUUAGCACCUCUUCCCCCACUUUAGCAUAU